UAGAACAUCAAACGCGCGGGGACUGAGCACCGAAGGAAAACAGAGGGCAAAAGCACGAACAUUUUCAACGGAGAGUGGAUGCUGAAGGAUUUUUACGUUAAAAGGACAUUCAAAAGAUCACCUCGACGCUAGAGUGCAAGGAUAGAAGGGAAAAACAUGAAGUAUUGAGAGAAUAGAUACUGUGCCAGUCUUUAAUGUUUAAGAAAAGAACAGGAAUGGGGGAAUUGGCGUCUCGUCAAGGCAGUACACGAUAGGCGAUCUGCCAAGAGUACAGUGGAUGAAGAGCUUGACGAAGAGAAAGAGAGAAAGAGAGAGGAACUUUACAGGACAUUGCUCUUUUUCCUCCCCUUUUUUCUUCUCCUUUUAGCUUCCCAGCUCCAGUGUCACAGCUGAUGACCUGUUGUAGGGGGCCUGGACUGAAGGGCUGAGUGAAGAAAAGAAAGGAGGAGGCGGAGGAGAAGGAGAGGGUCUUGUUUGCUGAGGGCAGAGCCCCAGCGUUUUAUGUUGUUCACUCGUAGUCGCUCUUUCUCACAAACGGAUCAUGUGGUCUUCGCCAAGGAGAAACUGUCUGCCCUCGCGGGAUUGGCCCAGCGCCAGCAGCAGUCGUCUCACCAGCCUGAGGGCAUCCUUGUGGAUACUAACAUUAUGCUGCUGGGGCUUGUGUGUCGUGCAGGCCCAAAACUACCACCCAACAGUCAACACUCAAUAUGGGAAGUUGCGGGGGGUGAGGUUCCCGUUGCCCAGUGAGAUCCUGGGGCCUGUGGACCAGUACAUGGGGGUGCCCUAUGCCGCCGCCCCAGUCGGGGAGAAGCGCUUCAUGCCUCCCGAGCCACCCUCGGCCUGGUCGGGCAUCAAAAACGCCACAAGCUUCGCUCCUGUGUGCCCGCAGAACAUCCACAAUGCGGUACCUGAGAUCAUGAUGCCCAUCUGGUUCACCUUCAACCUGGACAUAGUGGCAAACUAUAUCCAGGACCAGAACGAGGAUUGCCUCUAUCUCAACAUAUAUGUUCCCACUGAGGAUGUCAAAAGAAUAUCCAAGGAAUGUGCCAGGAAACCCAACAAGAAAAUGUGUAGAAAAGGAGGGGCGCAUGCUAAAAAGCAGGGGGAGGAUCUGUCGGAUAAUGACGGCGAUGAAGACGAAGACAUACGAGAUACGGGGGCCAAACCUGUAAUGGUGUACAUCCACGGAGGCUCCUACAUGGAGGGGACCGGAAACAUGAUUGACGGCAGUGUUCUGGCCAGCUACGGGAACGUCAUUGUCAUCACGCUCAACUACCGCGUUGGAGUUCUUGGUUUCCUUAGUACUGGUGACCAGGCCGCUAAGGGGAACUAUGGCCUUCUGGACCAGAUCCAGGCCCUGCGCUGGAUCAGUGAGAACAUUGGCUACUUCGGGGGUGAUUCCAACCGCAUCACAGUGUUCGGCUCUGGGAUAGGGGCUUCCUGUGUCAGCCUGCUCACCCUUUCCCACCACUCUGAAGGACUGUUCCACAGGGCCAUCAUCCAGAGUGGCAGUGCCCUCUCCAGCUGGGCUGUCAACUAUCAGCCUGUCAAGUACACACGCCUCCUGGCUGAAAAGGUGGGUUGUAACGUUCUGGACACUCUGGACAUGGUGGACUGCCUGAGGAAGAAGAGCUCCAGGGAGCUGGUGGAACAGGACAUCCAGCCUGCUCGCUACCACGUAGCCUUCGGACCCGUCAUUGACGGUGACGUCAUACCCGACGACCCAGAGAUCCUAAUGGAGCAGGGCGAGUUCCUCAACUACGACAUCAUGCUGGGUGUCAACCAGGGCGAAGGUUUGAGGUUUGUGGAGAACGUAGUGGACUCUGAGGACGGCGUCUCCGGGAACGACUUUGACUUCUCUGUGUCAGACUUUGUGGACAGCCUGUAUGGCUACCCAGAGGGAAAGGACACCCUGAGGGAAACCAUCAAGUUCAUGUACACGGACUGGGCUGACCGCGACAACCCAGAGACGCGCCGGAAGACCCUGGUAGCCCUGUUCACCGACCACCAGUGGGUGGAGCCGUCAGUGGUGACGGCAGACCUCCAUGCACGAUACGGCUCGCCCACCUACUUCUAUGCCUUCUACCACCACUGUCAGAGCCUGAUGAAGCCCGCCUGGUCAGACGCGGCACACGGCGACGAGGUGCCCUACGUUUUUGGCGCUCCCAUGAUCGGACCCUCCGACCUGUUCCCCUGCAACUUCUCCAAGAACGACAUCAUGCUCAGUGCGGUGGUGAUGACCUACUGGACCAACUUUGCCAAGACGGGGGAUCCUAACAAGCCUGUCCCCCAGGACACCAAGUUCAUUCAUACCAAGGCCAAUCGCUUUGAGGAGGUGGCCUGGUCAAAAUAUAACCCUCAGGACCAGCUCUACCUCCACAUCGGCCUCAAACCCCGGGUUAGGGACCACUAUCGCGCCACCAAGGUGGCCUUCUGGAAACACCUGGUGCCACACCUGUACAACCUCCACGACAUGUUCCACUACACCUCUACCACCACCAAGGUGCCCCCUCCAGACACUACCCAGACCUCCCUAGCCACCAAAAGGCCAGGCAAGGUGUGGCCUUUCAACACCAAGCGUCCCCCCAUGUCCCCUGCCUACAACAGUGACAACACCGAACCAUGGGGUGAGGAUGAAGGGGCGGGCCCUCUGGUGGUGGAGAACCCCCGAGACUACUCCACAGAGCUGAGUGUGACCAUCGCUGUCGGCGCCUCCCUCCUCUUCCUCAACGUCCUGGCCUUCGCAGCCCUCUACUACCGGAAGGACAAGCGGCGGCAAGACUCCAGCCACGGUCAGCCCAGCCCCCAACGUCAGACGGGCUCCAAUGACAUCGGGCACCAUGGCAGCUCGGCAGAGGAGGAGAUCAUGACGCUGCAGAUGAACCAGACGCACCUUGAGUGCGAGGCAGGUAGCGGAGGCGAGGUUGGAGGAGGGUCGCUGAGGCUUGCCUCGCUGCCAGACUACACGCUAACCCUGCGGAGGUCUCCGGAUGACAUCCCCCUGAUGACCCCCAACACCAUCACCAUGAUCCCCAACUCUCUGGUGGGCAUGCCCAACCUGCACCCUUACAACACCUUUACGGCUGGCUUCAACUCCACAGGGCUGCCUCACUCCCACUCCACCACACGCGUAUAGCUUUAUUAUGGCUAAGG